ACGAGCUUCAAAUAGUGACAAGAGAAGCAAAAAUGACGACGGGCUGCAGAGAUAAUUUAAGUGUAAUUUAGGACCCGUGAAAAGACCAGAAAAGUGGUGAUGUAGGACUGAGUGAAAACGUUAGACUAUGAAGAUACCGUGGGAGAUUAUUGUUGCGUGAUCAGCUUUAAAUCGUCGAAAGAAAAUGUUCAAAAUGUCUGCAACUCCCCUGCGUUAUAUAAAACAAUCUUCGUGAUAAACUUUGCCCUCUGAUAACAGUAGAACGAAUGAGCAAGUAAGUGUACAUUCGGAUUGCCAAAUUGUCACGCUAUUGGUAUUUCUAGUGUUCUUCCAUUUCGCUUGUGCUGAAACUGAAAUCUUUGUUGCUAUGGAGGGGUCAGGACUUCUUCAGGAUGAGGGUGAUAUGGUUCCUCCAAAAUUCACCACUGAAAUAAACACAACCACGUUCACUUCUGUAAAUUGUGAGGACCCACGAGGCAACCUAACAGGAAUAAACGAUAAUGAAUCUAAAACGAAAAAUGCCAAAGAAAGCGAAAAAGUUUUGGCCCAGGGCCAGGAAGACGAAGGUACGUUUGAAAAGAACUAUGAAACGAAAAACCAGUCGAUUUCGGACGACCCAGUACCAUCCCCAGACGACGAAAGUCUCUCGAAGUUGCCACCUAACGGUCAGAGGUGUGUAGAGUGCGAUAACGGCGGUUCUAUAAAUGACCAAAAUGACGUAACACUGGGAGUACAUAGAAUACAGGACAUUGGUCAUCCUAACGAUAACCAAGUGUUAGUCCCUGUAGAUAACCAGAAUUAUUGUUCAACCCCCGCCGUCUGUGAAUCUUGUGGAAAACAAAUACCGAUCCUUGAACUAUACAGAACGGACGCCGAAACCGGGGGAAGACUAUCGAGAGGUACUCUCAAGCGUGUAUCAGUGUCGUCCAGUUUCAGGAAGAACAUUGCAGAAGAAGUCGACAAUGGUGAGGUAAUGGAUCAACAAUCUUUGACCUUUAUUGACUUUGUGCCGGAGAAACAAAAUGACACGAAAGGUGAAACCUCCAAUCUUAGCUAUGAAAAUUUUCGAUCUCUAGUUAAACGGGCCAACCAGUGGUUGCAGGAGAAAUCGCAUUUCUGUGUAGUGAACUGUGAAACUGUUCUGUUCAAGUUAAGUGCCCCUGAGGUGGACCCCAACAUCACGAUCUACGCAGAUAAUCCCCAGUACCCACUAUGGGGUGUUCGAGGUCUCAGAUUAUGGAUCUGUCCAGCUAAGAAAGAUUCUCCCCAACUCCCCUGGAAUAUCCACUAUGUUAACCUCUUACCACAGAAAAUUGGUGAAACUGACGUCGGAAACCAACAACGACAUUUUGUGCCACUUUCAAAAGUAGUGGAUAAUUUCAACCAUUUAGCCAAAUCUGGAAACAUCGAGGGAAACCUUAUAGCAGCGGAAACUAUUCCUCUAGAGAUAACAAACAUAGAAAACGUCGAGGAGAUCGACACAGAUGGAUGUCUUUGGGAAAGCACUUCGUCUGUAAACAAAGAAAUUGUUUUCAUGUUACGCGUCUAUUAUCGUGAGAACAGUGCAAACACAUCUUGUGAGUCGUUAGGGGUAGAAGAUUUUUUUAACUCCUCAGAAACGUUUUCAUGUCUUGUUUCGGAAGUAUCUUCUUGUUUUACUGGGAAAGAAUCUUUGAGAAUCUGUAAUAUCCAGUCUGUUUAUAUAAACCUUCGAAAUGAGAAGUAUGGAGACUCACAGCAAAUGAGCUAUUUGGAACAGCAUAAUUUAGAGCACCACUUUGCCCGAUUUCUUCGGGUAUUCUACGCGAGACAAAAUAGUUCUGAACAGAAGACUACCCAUCUCACCAGACGACUCACCUGUAAAACUAUUGUUCCCGCACAGUAUAGGAGCAACAUGAACAAUCCUCCACAUGACGAUGCUGUUAAAAUUAAGGAAAUGAUUAGUUCCUGGGUAAAACUAUCAGGGGCAGUUGUCAUCAAUGCAGCUACCGAUAUUGUGCAGUUGAGCCUUUACGGGGAAGUUUUGGAUAAGACAGAAGUCAACAAAGUGAAUGUAAAACCUACUAAGACCUGCUACUACAUGUACAUAACUCGUUUAUACCUAGACGGUCAGUAUGAAGACCCUCCAUCUGACCAGUUACUUGGUUCUUCUAGCGUGAAGAAUUCUGGGUGCUGCGUGCUGUUGUAAUUCCUUAAAUGAUCAAACUAUGAAAAACCUGUAAUUAAAUUAUUAUGUAACUACACUUAAGACUAGUAUUGUGGUAAUGAUGAGAACGGUUAGGUUUAACUGUAAAGAAAUGUCUUUCGUUUUCUUAAUGUCACAAAAUAUUCUCUUUGUCAUUAUAUAGGAACACAAUGAAACCAAGUUAAAAAAAAAAUUAAGAACGGUGACCAUCGAAACGACAUUAGUUUACCGCCAAAAUAAUUCCGUCGUUUUGAAUUUACGUUGCUAUUUGGUGUAAGUGUAAAGGGAUAUAAUGAGUUAACAUUAAUUUGUGGUACUUACACUAAGUGAUAAAAAUGGGGAAAUUAAAACAUUUAUUAUCUGUUAACAGCUUCACGCCUCAUAGAGAUGUAAAUGCUGAAGAUAUAACUUAAUACAU